AUGGCAAUGGAUCUUAAGCGCUCUUUUCCAGGGAUGUCAAUGGUUCCAGUUCCAACUAAACGUACAAAAACUGAUGAAGCUCGAGCUCUAGCCUCAUUUCAAUUGCCAAGGUCUGCUCAGGGACAGAUAAUCCCGGCUGGCAUGCCUGGGAGCUUGCGACGUACCUCUAGCCUUUUCAGUCCAAACAUGCUUCUCACUGGUCACGAAAGCGAGGUCUUUUGUGCAAAGUUUGUGCCUAGUGAAGGAAGCUAUGUGGUGAGUGCUGGGUUUGAUCGCCAAAUUUUCUUGUGGGAAACGUAUGGAGAAUGCGAAAAUAUUGCGGUAAUGUCAGGACAUGGUGGUGCCAUUCUUGAUUUGGCCCUCUCGUCGGACGGAGAAUUACUUUAUUCGGCAAGUUCAGACAAGACACUCGCUAUCUGGGAUCUCACUACUUGUCAGCGCGUCAAAAAAAUUCGAGGACACCAAAAUAUUGUCAACAGUAUAGAUAUUGCUCGUCGAGGGCCUCAAAUGAUUGCUUCUGGUUCCGAUGAUGGGACUGUUCGUUUAUGGGAUAGGCGUCAAAAAACGGAGGUCCAGAACUUCCAAAACACCUAUCAAGUAUUGUCGGUGGCAUUCAGUGACACCGCAGAGAUGAUUUUCUCCGGAGGCAUCGACAACAUCAUCAAGGGCUGGGACCUGCGGAAGCUGGACGUGGCCAUGCGCCUGACAGGUCAUACUGACACAGUGACUGGCCUGGCACUCUCUCCUGAUGGCAACUUCCUCCUAUCCAACGCAAUGGACAACACCCUGCGUAUUUGGGAUGUGAAACCAUACGCGCCGACCGAAAGAUGCACAAAAUUACUCCAAGGUCACGUCCACACCUUUGAAAAGAACCUCUUGAGAUGUGCGUGGUCACCAGACGGCCGGUACGUCACGUGUGGCAGCGGUGAUCGCUACGUGCACGUCUGGGACGUGACAACUCGCCACCUGAUCUACAAACUUCCCGGUCACUCGGCUUCCGUCAAUGAAACUGGCUUCCAUCCGCUCGAGCCUAUUUUACUCUCCGGGGGUAGUGAUAAAAAGAUCUUUCUUGGUGAGAUUGAGCUGUGA